AUGAUGGGUAAAGCAGACACCUACAAUUUAGGAAAGUUAUCUGACGAGGACUGUUGGAGAUUGUUGAGCAGCAUAGCAUUUCCAGGAGAGAAGUCUGAGAACUUGGAAAGAAUUGGCUGGAAAAUAGCAAAUAAGUGUAAAGGUGUACCUCUCUCAGCAAAAACCUUAGGAGGUCUCUUGCGCUUUAGGAAACCAACAAUUCAAGAUUGGCAAGAUGUAUUGGAAAGUGAAAUAUGGGAAUUACAAGAAGUUGAAAAGGAGAUCUUACCCUCACUGUUGCUCAGCUAUUACGAUUUGCCUUCGCAUAUGAAACGAUGUUUCUUAUAUUGUGCCAUUUUUCCCAAGGAUGACAAAAUAGAGAAAGAGAAACUAAUCAAUCUAUGGAUGGCACAGGGUUUUCUAGAUGAAAGUUCCAUGGGGAGAAGAACAAGUAAUCCAGAUAUGACAGGAGAGUUAUACUUAAAUAACUUGGUGAUGCGCUCUUUCUUGCAAGAUGUCUCUGAGAAAUACAAAGCUAUGUACAGUAUUCAUGAUCUCUUGCAUGAUUUGGCUCAGUAUCUCACAAGGAAUGACUGUUAUGUGGUUUCUGCUACUAGUAUUAAACUAGAAGACUUCAAUUCAAGCAAGGCCCGCCAUUUGACUUUGAUCUUAAAUGGUGGAAAUAUGGAUUCAGUUUUUCCUUCCACUUCCACUCUUAAGGCAAAGAAGAACCUACGUACAUUCCAAGUCUUAAUGAAUCCUGGGAAAUAUGAUUAUAUCAGCUUGACGACAUCAAUUGUGAACAUAUUCAAACAUUUCACUUGUCUUCGGGCAUUGGAUUUAAGCAAAAGUGGGCUUACAGAGCUGCAACUGCGUGAAGUAGACAAACUGAUACAUUUGAGGUACCUUGAUUCGUCUUGGACGGAAUUGAGGGAAUUGCCAGAGACAAUAUCCAAUCUAUAUAAUUUGCAGACGUUGAUAGUUGAGCAUUGUUGGAAUCUUUGUAAACUACCUGAAGGAAUCGGAAGAAUGUUGAAGCUGAGACAUCUUCAAAUUGACCGCACUGAUCAACUAAGCUGCCUACCUCAAGGAAUUGGGAAACUAAGCUCCUUGAGGACAUUAAGUAAUUUUGUUGUGGGUGAUCUUAAUACUGGUGCUAAGGGAGGAGGUUGUAAAAUUGAUGAACUAAAAGGCCUCACAUACCUCCAAGGGGAACUUACAUUUGAAGGCCUGAAGAAUGUUGCAGAUGGGGAAGAGGCAAGUAGGGCAGAACUGCAUAAUAAACCACAUCUCCGUGGCCUAGUCUUGUUUUUUAAUGGUGUCUAUGGAGAGAAUAGGUUGACAGAAAAGAGGACGGAAGAUGUUCUUGAAAAUCUCAAUCCACAUCCAAAUCUGGAGAGAUUGGAAAUACGUUGGUACCCAAGUGCUAAGUUUCCAAAUAAUUGGUUGAUGAUGAAGGAUCCUGAAUUUCUUUUGUCCUCCAAUUUGCAAUCUCUGGAGCUUCAAGGAUGCAUGAAAUGUACACAACUUCCUUCUACUAUAGCGAAGCUACCUUUUCUUGAGGAACUGAAUGUUAGUGGAAUGGAAGAUGUGAUAAAUAUGAGCUGUGAAUUUUUUGGAGUUGAUGAUGGCAGUGGUGAGAGAGAGGGUUGGAGCAGGAAGCUCUUCCCUAGGUUGAAAUUACUAUACAUCAGUAGCAUGCCCAACUUAGAAGAAGUGAUUGAAGUUGGGAGGAGAGCUUAUGCCAUGCCUCCAGAAGUUGACUAUGUUGUUCUGCCCCAAGCUAAACACACUGCCAGAGAUCCUGGACGGUGCCCAACUAAAGGAAUUGAGAAUUGGUAA